AUGUUGUCACAAGCUCUCUCCGUUCAACCCAAACUCCUUAAGGGAAUGGUGGGCCUGGUGACAGGUGGGGCGUCGGGACUGGGCCGGGCCACCGUGGAACGUCUGGUGCGGAGUGGGGCGGCCGCCGUCAUCCUCGACCUUCCCUCCUCCGAGGGACAAGCGCUGGCGACCAGUCUGGGCGACAGAUGUGCCUUUGCGGCGGCAGAUGUGACGUCCGAAGCGGACGUGCAGUCAGCGGUCAACUUGGCGCGUGACAAGUUUGGCAAACUGGACCUGGCGGUCAACUGCGCCGGCAUCGCCGUUGCUGUCAAAACGUACAACUUCAAGAAGGACGUCCCACACACCCUUGAAGACUUCCAACGCGUUAUCAAGGUGAACAUCGCGGGAACGUUCAACGUGAUCCGGCUGGCAGCUGGCGCCAUGGCCAAGAACGAGGCGGACGCCGACGGCCACCGGGGAUGCAUCGUCAACACGGCCAGCGUGGCCGCUUUCGAUGGACAGGUCGGCCAAGCGGCGUAUUCUGCAUCCAAAGGCGGCAUCGUUGGUAUGACGCUUCCCAUCGCUAGAGAUCUGGCCCCCAUGGGCAUCAGGGUCAUCACCAUUGCGCCCGGUCUGUUUUCCACGCCGCUCCUGGCUGGGCUGCCGGAAAAGGUGCGCUCCUUCCUGGCUCGCCAAGUGCCCUUCCCGUCGCGUCUCGGAGACCCGGCCGAGUUUGCCCACUUGGUGACGGCGCUGGCCGAGAACCCCAUGAUUAACGGCGAGGUGAUCCGAUUGGACGGCGCCAUUCGCAUGCAGCCCUGA